UUCAUAUUUUUCUCCAACAAAAUGGCCAAAUUCUUCAGUCAGACUGAUAUAGAUAAGUUCAAGGAAUGUUUCUUCUUCCAUGCCAGGAGGGGGCACAUCGCUAAUGAACAGGAGUUGUCGCUGGUUAUGAGGUCCCUGGGGUAUAGCCCAACCCCUCAGGAAGUCUCCAAGUACUUUAAUAAGUACAUCAAAGACAAUAAAAUAGAAUUUGCUUCCUUCCUUGAGGCUAUGCAUGAUCAUACUAGUGUAGAGAAACCCGAAAAAGAAUUAUUGGAUGCUUUCAAGUCACAUGACACCGAGAGGCGGGGCUAUGUAAAUGCUGCUGAGGUUCAACAUAUCAUGAUGAACAUGGGAGAAAAACUAAGUAGACAAGAGGUUGAUGCCUUGUUCCGAGAGGUUGGAAUCCAACAUGGCGGACAGAUUCGCUAUAACGACUUUGUUAAAUCGUUACUUACCCCUGUUCCUGAUUACUGAUUGUGCUAUUAACUUCUUGUAAAAAGUUGCUGUAGUAUGUAUAUUACUAUGGUUUUUAAAGGAACUCUGGUAAAAUGUUCACCAAAGAAAAUAUAUGAUUUGUUCAAUGCUAUAUACCAAUGUACUUUAUAUUUUGAAAAGUAUGUGGGAACUCAAUGGCAGUUAAUUUUUUGUUUUAUAAACUUUUGCUUUGUUACAAUGUUUUUACUAGAACACUUGGUUGUAAAGACUUUACUUCUUCAUUGACAUUUUUGUCAUUAAAAUUCAUAAAAUAUACCUGGUAUAUGUGUAUUAUUACAGAAGUAAUGUAUAUGAUUUGAUUUUUAAAUAUAUAUUAUGCAAUUUUUGUUUGAAUUACAAGGGAUGAUUUUAACUAACAUAUUCAUGUGUAAUGGAUUGGGCUGUGGAUAUCAGCCUGGAUAGCUCAGUUGGUAGAGCACCCAACUGGAGAUGCAGGGGUGACCAGGGUUUGUGUCCCGGUCCAGUCAUACAUUUUCUCCCUUCUUGUUACACAUGUAUAAAAAGUUUACAAUGUGUAACAUGUACUUAUAAAAUAAAAUUAUUUUGUUAUUUCUUGUAAAUUAUAUACCAACAUCAGUAUACAUAAGGAAGCAUUCCAUUUUCUUUUUUUGUAAGCAUUGAGUUUCCAUCAACAAUAUUUGGUUGUGAGUUAUUUCUUUUCUUUUACUAUCUUUAUACUGUUUUUUUUCCAGUAAUUUUUUGUCUUUACAAAAAAUAUCCCAUGUUAUAUGUAUUGCAGAGUUAUAAAGAUUUCUUAUGAAUGUUAAUGUGGUUAUACAUGUAUAAGUGUGAUUAUCUGACCAUAUAAAUGAUAUA